AUGCACUUGUGCCGACGAUCCUACACCAUCCGUAUUUCGCAUCCUAUCCAAUCUAGCUCUCUCAUCUCUGUUCCAUGUCGGCUACUCUCUAUCAAUACAGUAUGCCAAGACUCUCCAGAUCACCGCGCAAGCUCCAAACUAUUCGCCGAUGCCGCGCACGAGGAGGCUGAGGACAAACCGCCACCCAAACUUCCUAUCAAGACGGAUGAAUUCGAGAACUGGACCGGGGAAGAGUCGAUGCACGAUGCGGUCCUGCGCAUGCUCGUGGACAAGCACAAGCCUCUCCGGAUGGGGACGAUUCGGACUGCUGAGGAGAAGCUGAGACAGGCUCCGCCUCAGAUAUCGAACGCUCUUUCUGCUCCCUUGAGUGAUGACAAUGUUAGCCCUUCUGCCAUCUCGUCUGACUCGAAAGUACACGACGCAGGUCAGGUAGGCCGUACAAAUGAGCCCCUCUUGCCGUCGAUAGAGGGUCACAGACCAUGGCACACCACUUUCAAAGCCCCUUCGCACGCGACGUCCUCAGUUCGAUAUGGUCACAUCGCAUCCUCGAAGCCAUCCUCCCAGAUAUCUCACCUCCCCGAUGAAAAAGCUCGUAAGAAGGAAAAGGAACUCAAAAAGCGGUCGCUGAACGCUCAACGGCUUGGAAGCGCCAGGGAGAGCACCCUGGAUUAUCAACUGGGAAUCAAGGGAUCGCAAGGCAUGGCGAGGCCCAACCCCGCCAGCGUGAAGGGCUGGGCUAGCUUGGUGGAAGAGCGAAUCGAAAGAGCUCGCCUGCAGGGCGCCUUUAAAGCGAUCAAGGGAAGGGGGCAGCCCAUCCAGCGAAGGUCUGACGAGUGGAACCCUUUUGUCGGAAGGGAGGAGUACCUCUUGAAUCGGAUCGUGCAGCGUCAGGGUGCCGCGCCUCCAUGGGUAGAGAUUCAAGGAGAACUCGAACGUGCCGUCACCUCGUUCCGAGGUGUUCUCCGCGACUCGUGGACCCGUCGUGCCAUCCGCACGUUGACAAUGUCGCAGCCUGCUGGGCUCUUACCCCCGCUGACGCUAUCGUACGUGCGAGCACUGCGUGACGCAGAGUGGGAAGAACGGGAACGCGCUUAUCACGACACCGCUGUGGAGGAGCUAAACUCGUUGGUGCGAAAGUACAACGCGCUGGCACCUUAUGCUGUGCGCCGUCCGUAUCAUGUGCUUCAGGUAGAGCUGGAGAAGGCAUAUCGGGAGUGUGGUGAGGAGAUCCUGCAGGGCAUCGCGCAGCGACUGCAGGAUCAGGCGAGGACUGGUGGGAGUGGUACAUGGGUUAGGGACGAGCAGGAGGGUCAGAGUCGUGGGGGCGCAAGUGUCAUUGGACAGGAUACGAAGGCCGUUUUGAGGGUUCGCGACGUGAUCCGGGGAUGGUUCCGUUGGCGAAGAUGAUAUCGAGGAGAGUUGUGCGAGGUAAAUGAUGCGAUCGUGCCAGAUGGGUGUCGCCUAGUACACUAAUAAUCAGCGACUACUGACAAUAUCACUCUCGCAUCGAUAGUUUACACAU